AUGGACUUUCCUCAGGUGCAUUAUCUCGUGGUGACAGCAAAGGAUGGAGCAGCUGACCCACGUAUCUCAACUGCUACGGUGACUGUGCUUGUCAGUGACGUUGGAGACGAGCCACCCAUCUUCACUCAACAGGUGUAUGAAGCUUUAGUGCCAGAAAAUGUACCUGAUACUUUGGUUGCCACCGUGGCUGCAACGGAUCCAGACACCAGGCCUGCCAUUACGUAUGUGUUGGUUAAUGGUGAUACGCAGUUAUUUAGCAUUGAGCCGGAAUCUGGUCGUAUCACUACAAUUCGUGGUUUGGACUAUGAACAGGCUCCGCGUCACACAAUUGUUGUUGGUACACUUGAAAACCCAAAUGGCCCACAGGCCACCUGUUCUGUACUGGUGACAGUUGAAGACAAGAAUGAUAACCCACCCAUCUUCAGUGCACCCAUUCCCCCUCUGACUAUCCCCGAGGCUUCUCCUCCUGGGACCCUUGUGGCCACUGCUCUUGCUACAGACGCUGAUGGGACCAAACCGAAUAGUCAGCUGGAAUAUGAACUAAAUGGAUAUGGCAUAGCACCCGAUUACUUUGCUAUUGAUAAAGACUCUGGCGUUAUAACAAUCAAAGCUGACCUCCUGCCGGAAUUGGAGUCAGAUUUUGAGUUGGAAAUCGUAGCAAGAGAUUUAGGCAGUCCACAGCUCAGCACCACGUCGACCGCCUCAGUGUCAGUGGAGCGGCCCGGUGUAGAGCCAAUUGUACCUAAGACCUGGGCUACAUUUUCUGAUACUGAAUAUAAUGCCGAAGUUAAGGAGGAUACAGCUGUAGGGACACUCGUGCAUAAACUAACUAUUCUUAAUAAACCUGAUUUAGUAGGACAUCUCCGCUGUUCUAUACUGGAUGGCAACAGUGAUGGGUUAUUCAGUGUAGACGUGACUGCUGAACGUCAUUGUGGACUUCUUGUUAAAGCCCCUCUUGACUACGAGACAAAAAGGCAUUUUACGCUCUCAGUGGCCCUUGAAUUGCCCACAGCCCCGCCGGAAACCGAGAACAGGGUUGCAAAAGUGCAUGUAAAUGUCAUAGAUGUGAAUGACAACAAACCAGAAUUUAUUUUCACGCCUCCGUACAAUGACUUCACACACUCCAGUUAUUAUGCCUUCGUUUCUGAAAAUGCUCCUAUUUCAUCAACAGUUUUACAUGUUACAGCCACAGACAAAGAUUCUGGUGACUUUGGAACUGUUCAGUACAAACUGGUGCCUAAAAGUAACCGUGGGGGAUUCUUCCAUUUGGAACCGAAUGGAAUUCUUACAACAGAAAAGGAAUUAUCAUCUGUAUCUCCCUCGCUGCUGCCUUUUAAUCUAACUAUUGUGGCAAGUGAUAAUCCACAUAAGAGAGGGGACUCGCAUUCCACUUCUGUUUCUGUUAUUGUGAACCUGGUGCAGGAGAGUCAUCUGGUGAUGGUCGUGGAAGCCUCCCCUAACCGUGUCAAGGACAGCAAAGACAAACUGGUUGCUGUCCUACAAGAGCAUUCCAAUAAAAUAGUAGGCAUUGAAAAGGUGGAGUCAAGGCGAUUUAUUGGUAACUACAGCAUUAAAAGUGAUACCAACAGCACAGAUGUGUGGUUCCUUGUUGAUCCACUCACAGGUAGACUCUUGGAAAGGAAGCAUCCUGCUGUUGAACAGUUUACUGUGAAAGAUCCAGAGAGAAAUAAGCUGCUAUAUCAUGUGACGGCAGCGCUCAAUGGGACAAGAGCUACAGACAUCCGAUCCCCACUAAUCCUGCAACCUGUUGUAGAGACGACCGUCCAGCCGCCAGUAAGAAAAGCAGUCACUCUGGAAUGGCUUUACGUGGCUCUGAUAGUGCUUGCUGGAAUUAUUGCAGUGCUUGGACUAAUUGGCAUAUGCUAUAUAUGUGUACAGUGGCAAAAAUAUGUUAAACAUCGAGGUGAAACCGAGAAAGCUGUGGUCGUUGUGGCGCCCCCGUAUGAGCGCGUUGGCUCAGUCAUUGAACCAGUUGCUAAGGAAUAUGAAGUACAGGUUUUGCAUAUGAGUGUUCCCAUGGAUGAUGAUUCUGUCCAGGAAGUUCCCAUGGAUCCAAGACCACCUCAUCACUUUUCCAUGGAUAAUGUAUCCUACAUUACCAAACAGCAAUCAGUGAGCGAGGACGGUAGCACAAUCAGCAGCGCAGAGAUGGAAGGUGUCCUGGGGGGCCACAUGGGCAUCAGAAGGAUGUCCCCACAUGGCCAUCAUGACACCUUGGGAAUGGAGUGGGAUACUCCACCAGGCCAGCGACACAUGCAGCACAUUGCGGCCAUGGCGGCUUCGACCCCGGCAGGAAGAAACCCAGCCUAUGAGCAUUUUCCAGAUGAUGAUGAGGAUGCUGGGGAGGGACCUCUGAGUGUAAGUGCAACCAACGAAAAUGUCAUGUUUGGUCGAAGAGGCAUCGCAGAUCCUUCCCCGGUGCAGACGACCACUGAACUUUAAAAUGGCGAUAGAAAAUAGUAUUUCGAAUUUAUAAUUUGGAAUCCAUGUUCUGUUUUCUAGAUUUUAUGCAUCAGGCGUGUGAACAAUUAAUUUAAACUAGAAGAUAUACGUGGAACAGGAAUAGAAAUAACAUCUAGAUAUUAUUGAAUUGUUACUGUUUAAUUUUGUAGUGCUGAAAUUUGCCCAUGCAAUUGUUAAUAUCCAAUAAUUUGCUCAUAUCUUAUAUGGUUCUCUAAUAUUUAAUUGCAGAAAACCCAUCACACAUCAAUUUAUUACGAAUUAAUUAUACUGUCCUCCCAAUAUUACGUGCAAUAGACAUCCGAUUCUAUACUCUGACAAUGCUUUGUAUGCUAAUAUAAACAACUAAACCCAGUGGCAGACUUGUCAGUUAUUUAUUUGCUGAACACUAUACUAUGCAUGUGAAAACUAAAAUGAUUACAUAUAUAAAGACAUAGAUUAGACUCUACAUUAAGUUAUCGGGAAUCCCAAUACUUACAAACAUACACACAUAUACAAAGGAAAAAAUACACCCAAUUUUUUGCGAGAACACUGAAAUAUUCAAGUGCUCAUUUGACGUCACACGUUCAGCUAGUCAACAGAUUCAGCAUUCCUCAGUCAGUUUAUAUAAUUGGGCAUAGCUUUGCAUUAUAGUAAAGUUAUCUUGAUAUAAAUUUAUUUAUAAUGAUCUGUAAUAUAUUCCUUGGAGAAUGUCACCAAAAUCUCAGGGUCAGCAGGAUUUUUGUAUAGAAUUGGAUGGCUUCUGGGAACACUAUUAGUUACCACGCUAUUGCUUUUGUCAUUAUUUUUUGUAGACAACAGUUUCCGCAAAAGGAAGUUGUCAACAGUAAAUGUUCUUUCUUGUCAUUUUUGCAAAAGUGUUUUUGAAUAAGGUAUUGUAUAAAUAGAACUCAAAGCCUAUAUAUUAUUAGCAUUGAUCAUACAGUUGAUAACAUGAUUAGAAAUUAAGGGAUGAAUGUAUAUCUAACUAACCUAACUUAGCAGUAGAUUAUGUUUCUAAUUUUUAUAUAUCGCCUCUAGAAGUCAUUGGCUGAUGUAAUGUUUCUCAUUUACUGUAAUCAUAACCUGUAAAUAAGGUUCCUGGGACAUUGUAUUCCAAUAUCUUCCACAGAUAUCAUUUUUAUCUGUCACCUGCUGAUGUAAGAGUCAUAAUGCUGAGCCACUUUUAUAUCUUGUCAUAUUAUUUAAUAUCAGCAUUAUAUUAUAAACUGAUGACUUAAGUAAGACAGUCACCUGUUGUACAUAUAACAUUCAAAGUAUUUGAUUACUUGUAUUAUUUUAGGAUACUGCAUUAUGUACAGAAGUCAUUUUAACGUGAAGUCUUUAUUUGUAAAUUGAAAUAAUACAUGUGUAUUAUUGCUAUACAAAAUGUUCAAAAUCCUAGGUUAUAUAAUAUUUGUAAAUAUUAGUUAAGCAUUGGUUGUGUAAUAUGAUAAUAUAAACAGAAAGCUUGGGAUCUUAAUAUUAAAUUAUGUGAUUGUGAUUGACAAUUCAGUUUCGUAGCUUAUUUUGUGGUAAUAUAUAGUAUUUUGCCAAGGUUUAUAGAAAAUACCCAGAAUUCUGUAGUAUAUAAUUGGAUGUUUUGAGUUGCUCAUUACUAUAUCCAAUCACACUCCCCAUAGGAGAGCAUUUGCAGAAGGCGUGAUUUACUGAGAACUAUCGGUAUCUAUUUUUCAUUCCGUGAAACACAGGUUGUGCCAACUUUAAUCCUUACUGUCGAUUAAUUUUCUUUCGUGUG